AUGGCCCCCAAAGGAGUUUUGAUCGCCAUUGACAGGGGUGGCACCUUCACCGACGCCUGGGCGCAGAUUCCUGGGCGCGAGGAGCAUGUCAUCCUCAAGGUACUCUCAGAAUCCCCCGACGAGUACAGCGACGCGCCGACAGAAUGCAUCAGACAGAUCCUGGAGAUUGCAACGGGCAACACGAUCCCGCGAGACACCCCGUUGGACCUGGAAUGUGUCGAGUCCAUCCGCAUGGGCACCACCGUCGCCACCAACGCACUGCUGGAGCGAAAGGGCGAGCGAGUCGCCUUCAUCACCACCAAGGGGUUCCGGGACGUGCUGAGGAUCGGAAACCAGGCGCGGCCCGACCUGUUUGACCUCUCCGUACAGCGUCUCGACAAGCUGUACGAGACAGUUCUGGAGGUAGAUGAACGCGUCACCAUCGAGGGCUGGGCCGAGGAUCCGGAGCCGCAGCCCAUCCAUGUCAGUGCGGAUCCCGACCUGCGAGAAGGGCUCACCGGGGAGGCAGUGAGAGUGCUUAAGGCUCCAGAUCUCGAAGCUGUCCGUAGAGACCUGCGUGGUCUCUGGGAUAAGGGCUUUCGCGAUGUUGCCGUUGCCUUCAUGCACUCUUACACCUUCCCGAAUCAUGAAAGGAUCAUCGCAGAUCUGGCCGAGGAGAUGGGGUUCAAAGUCGCCGCAUCUGCCCGGCUCUUGUCCAUGGCAAAACUAGUCCCGCGCAGUCAGUCGGCCGUCGCUGAUGCCUAUCUGUCGCCAGUCACGGCGCGCUACCUCGAGAGCUUCCGGAGAGGAUUCAAGGGCCUGCUUGAGGACGACAACGGAAAGAAGCUGUUCUUGAACCAGUCGGACGGCGGUCUGACCAACUUCAAGAACUUUGCUGGCCUGCGCGGAGUCCUCAGUGGUCCUGCCGGUGGCGUCGUCGGCGUGUCUAGGACUUGUUACCAUCCCGACAACGCAACACCCGUGCUGGGAUUCGACAUGGGUGGUACCAGCACGGAUGUCGCCCGUUACUCGGGCGAGCUGGAGCACGUCUUCGAGAGCACCAUCGCAGAAAUCGCAAUCCAGACCCCCCAGCUGGACAUCAACACGGUUGCCGCCGGUGGCGGCUCCAUCCUGUCCUGGGAGGGCGGGCUCUUCAAGGUUGGCCCGGAGAGCGCGGGCGCCAAUCCCGGACCAGCUUGCUACGGAAAAGGAGGGCCGCUCACCGUUACGGAUGCCAACCUCUUCUUAGGCCGUAUCAUCAAAGAGUCCUUCCCCAGGCCUCUUGACACAAACGUUGUCAGAGACAAGUUUCUGGCAAUGACCGCCAUUGUCAACGCCGAGAAGGACGGCGUCUCCGGCCUGACGCCUGAAGAGGUGGCCUGUGGGUUCCUGUCCGUCGCCAACGCCACCAUGACACGACCCAUCCGGACGUUGAGUGAAGGUCGGGGCUACGAGACUGCCAACCACAACCUGGCCUGCUUCGGAGGUGCUGGUGGCCAGCAUGCCGUGUUCGUGGCCCGGGAUCUUGGUAUCCGGCGAGCCCUUAUUCCCCGGUACUCCAGCAUCCUCUCCGCGUACGGAAUGGCCCUCGCCGACGUGACAGUCGAGAGCCAGGAGCCCGAGUCCUUGAUCUUCGGACCUGACAUCAUGCCGAGGUUGGAAACUCGCUUCCAGAAGCUCUGUGAGCAGGGAAACCUGGGUCUGGCUGGCCAGGGCUUUGGCAAGCAGGAUAUUGAGCACGACAUGUAUCUGAACAUGCGCUAUCGGGGAAGUGACACGGCCUUGAUGAUUCGCCGACCGGACAGGUUGGCCGAUUUUGGAGCCGCCUUCACCAGCCGCCACGAACAAGAGUUUGGCUUCUCCCAGCCGCGCGACAUCCUCAUCGACGACAUCCGCGUGCGCAGCGUUGCCAAGUCUAGCGACGUGGCCACCUCGAACCCCUUUGCUGAACUCGAGGCGCUUGAAUCAUCCGCUCAGCCCGAGUUCCGCGAGCAGUUCAUCACCAAGGUCUACUUUGAGAACGAGGCCUGGCUCGACACGCCCGUCUACGACCUUGCCCAGCUGCCCGUCGGCGCCAGGAUCCGCGGCCCGGCCAUGAUCAUCGACAAGACACAGACCAUCGUGGUUGACAGCAGGAGCGAGGCCGUCAAGCUCCCCGAGCACAUCGUCCUCGAGAUUCUCGAUAACGAGCGCAAGUCAGCCAACACAGAGGCCAUCGACCCCAUCCUCCUCAGCGUGUUCAGCCACCGGCUGAUGAGCGUCGCCGAACAGAUGGGCAAUGCCAUGCAGAAGACGUCCAUCUCGGUCAACAUCAAGGAGCGCCUCGACUAUUCGUGUGCCGUCUUCAGCGCCGAGGGAGGCCUUGUGGCCAACGCACCGCACAUCCCCGGCCACCUCGGCUCCAUGGCCUCCGCCAUCGCCUACCAGGCCCAGCGCUACAAGCCCGGCGAGCUCAAGCCGGGGGACGUUAUCCUUAGCAACCACCCAAUUGCCGGCGGGACCCAUCUCCCCGACAUCACCUGCAUCACGCCCGUGUUCGACGACGAUGACCACCCGACAAAGAUCCUCUUCUUCGUGGGCAACCGCGGCCACCACGCCGACAUUGGCGGCAUCAUUCCGGGCUCGAUGCCGCCCAACUCGACGGAGCUGUGGCAGGAGGGCGCGUCGUUUGAGUCCUUCAAGAUGAUCAACGAGGGCGUCUUCGACGAGGAGGGACUCAUAGACAUCCUGUACAACAUCCCAGCCACUUUUCCCGGCUGCAGCGGAACCCGCACCCUCAAGGACAACAUUGCCGACCUCAAAGCCGCCGUCGCGUCCAACCAACGGGGGAUACAGCUAAUCCGUGCACUUGUCAAGGAGUACUCUUGGCCGGUGGUCGAGUUCUACAUGGAGGCCAUCCAGGAGAAUGCCGCCCAAUCGGUUCGCGAGCUGCUCAGGGUGUUUUCAGAGCGUUUCGAGGGAGCCGACCUGGAAGCCGUGGACUACACCGACGAUGGGACGCCCCUGGUGUUGCGGAUAUCUAUCGAUGCUGAGACGGGUGAGGCCGUCUUUGACUUCACGGGCACCGGCCCUGAACACCACGGCAACCUCAACUGCCCCCCUGCGUGCAUGUACUCGGCGAUUCUCUACUGCCUCCGCUGCAUGAUAUCCUCCGACAUCCCCCUAAACCAGGGCUGUCUCCAACCCAUCAAAAUCGUCUGUCCCCAAGGCACGUUGCUCACCCCAUCCUUCACCGCCGCAACAGUCGGCUCAACAGGCGAAACCACCAACCGCGUCAUCGACCUCAUCUUCAAGGCCUUCCACACAGCCGCCGCCUCGCAGGGGACCUGCAACAACCUGACGUUCGGCUACGGCGGCAAGGACCCGACCACGGGCGAGAUCGUCCGGGGCUUCGGCUACUACGAGACGAUCGCGGGCGGGGCCGGGGCCGGGGCGGACUGGGACGGCGAGAGCGGCGUGCACACGGGGGUGACCAACACGCGCAUCGGCGACCCGGAAAUCCUCGAGAGGAGAUACCCCGUUGUGUUGCACGAGUUCUCGAUCCGGACGGGCAGCGGGGGGAGGGGGUUGCACCCCGGCGGGGACGGGUGUGUGCGGGAUAUCGAGUUUCGGAUCCCCGUGCAGGUGUCGAUUCUGUCGGAGAGGAGGGUCAAUGCGCCGUAUGGCCUGGCAGGGGGGUGUGAUGGGAAGCGCGGGGAGAAUGUUUGGGUUAGGCGGGAUCCGGUUACGGGCAGUGUCCGGAGAGUUGGUAUGAGUGGGAAGUCGACUGCUAAUAUGAACAGGGGGGAUCGCUUUGUCAUUUACACUCCCGGUGGUGGCGGGUAUGGACGAGAUCCCAUGGCGAAGGAGCCGAGGAAGCCGAGGGGCGAGUUUAAGGUGCAUGAGAAGUUCGUCAGGAAGCCGGCUUUGUUCAGGGCGGCGGGAAGCCUUGCUAACCGGCAGGCUAUGGCGGCGUCGAAUUAG